ACGGCGGCGGGGCUGGGACAACCGCGGCCUGGGCCUGGCAAGGCCUGCGGACCUGCGCCCGACGGCGCGCGGCAGCAGCCUCUAAGCCCGCGCUGCAGCGUUUGGCCUCUCCCCGCUGCGGGGCUCACAAGCUCGCUGCCCCUGCGGUCGGCACCCUGGCCUCAGCCACUGGCUCGCGAAAGGAGCCGCUGCCGAAGCUGCUUUGCUCCGUGAGGCCUCGAUCAAAAUGGCCCUGUAAGUGUGGUUGCCUAGGGGCUGUCCAAGACCCUUCUAGCAUGAUGACCCUAUCCCAGCAAGACUUCUGUACUCCAGGAUAACCUCCAAAGUGACAGCCCUGCCCAGGGAGCCUGUUUGACACCGAACAUGCCGCAUAUCCCACAAUAAUAGAAUUCCGAUGACGUUGGUAAAAAGAAGAAAUGGCUUCAGUAGAUAGAUACGGGCGGACGGCUGCCUGCUAAUAUUGCAUGACAGGAUUUUGAGGUGUUGAGUGAUGGUCUCAUUGCACUAUUUUGGAGGUUCCACCAAGAUCAUUUUGAAGACCAUUGUUUGGUAGCAUUACAGAGGACCCUGAAGCCAACAGGUGCACUCACUGGACACCUUGUACCGAAACUCUUUACUCUUCAGAUAUGUUGUCAAGGGAAGUUAGAUGCCAUGUUGUGAGCAACCCUAUGGUGCAUGUGUCAAGAAACUGUGACAUCCUUCCAACAGCCAGUGAGAAACUGAGACCUGAAGUCAAGAGCCAUGUGCAUGGGCCUUCUUGGGAGUAGAUCCUACAUUCCUAUUCAAGCCUUCGGAGAACUGUAGCUUUGGUUGACAUCCACCUUGACUGCAACCUCAAGAGAAAUACUGAACCAGAACCACCUGGAUAAGCUUCUUUCAAAUUCCUGCCCCUCAGAAACAAUAUGAGGAAAGUGAGGCACAGUGAAGCUAAGACAUUGGUUAAAGAUCACAGAGUUGGAAGAUUCCCAAAGAUGCAGAAGGAAAUGAAGAUGAUCAAAAAUGAGGAUGCGCUUUUCAAUCUGGGUGUGAAGAGGACCCCCUCCUUUCCCCAGUGCCUGCAACCAGUGGUUUCCCGAGGGAAAGCUCCCCAAAGACACCCCUUCCCAGAAGCUCUCCAGGGGCCUUUUUCCCAAUUUCGGUAUGAACCUCCUCCAGGACACCUAGGCGGAUUCCCGGGGGUCUUUGAAGGAGGAGGGUCUCGGAAACGGAAGAGCAUGCCCACCAAGAUGCCCUAUAACCACGUUGCAGAAGAAGCCCCUCUUGCCCUCCACUCUGAGGAGAGCAAAAACCACCCCCCGCCGAACCUCCCCCUGCUGUUCCCGCAGCCCCCACGGCCCAAGUAUGACUCACAAAUGAUCGACCUGUGCAACGUGGGCUUCCAGUUCUACCGCUCCCUGGAACACUUGGGGGGCAGGCCCGUCAAGCAAGAGCCCGUGAAGCCCAGUGUCAUGUGGCCCCAGCCGACGCCACCCCCAUUCCUGACCACGCCCUACCCCUACUACCCCAAAGUGUCCCCAGGCCUCAUGUUCCCCUUCUUCAUGCCCUCGGCAUCCCCCUUCCCCUUCGGCCGGCACACCUUCCUGCCCAAGCCCCCGGCUGAGCCGCUGCUGCCGCGCAAGGCGGAGCCACAGGAGAGCGAGGAGACGCAGCAGAAGGUGGAGCGCGUGGAUGUGAACGUGCAGAUCGAUGACAGCUACUACGUGGAUGUGGGUGGGGCACAGAAGCGCUGGCAGUGCCCCACCUGUGAGAAGUCCUACACCUCCAAGUACAACCUGGUGACCCACAUCCUGGGCCACAGCGGCAUCAAGCCGCAUGCGUGCACCCGCUGCGGGAAGCUCUUCAAGCAGCUCAGCCAUCUGCACACCCACAUGCUGACCCACCAGGGCACGCGGCCCCACAAAUGCCAGGUGUGCCACAAGGCCUUCACGCAGACCAGCCACCUGAAGCGCCACAUGAUGCAGCACAGUGAGGUGAAGCCGCAUAACUGCCACGUGUGUGGCCGGGGUUUUGCCUACCCCAGCGAGCUCAAGGCCCAUGAGGCCAAGCACGCCAGCGGGCGGGAAAACAUCUGUGUGGAGUGUGGCCUCGACUUCCCCACGCUGGCCCAGCUGAAGAGGCACCUCACCACGCACCGGGGCCCCAUCCAGUACAACUGCUCCGAGUGCGACAAGACCUUCCAGUACCCGAGCCAGCUGCAGAACCACAUGAUGAAGCACAAGGAUAUCCGGCCCUACAUCUGCUCCGAGUGUGGCAUGGAGUUUGUGCAGCCCCACCACCUCAAGCAGCACUCCCUCACCCACAAGGGCGUGAAGGAGCACAAAUGUGGGAUUUGCGGGCGGGAGUUCACUCUGUUGGCCAACAUGAAGAGACACGUGCUGAUCCACACCAAUAUCCGUGCCUACCAGUGUCACCUCUGCUAUAAGAGUUUUGUGCAGAAACAGACCCUCAAGGCACACAUGAUCGUCCACUCUGACGUGAAGCCUUUCAGAUGCAAGCUGUGUGGGAAGGAAUUCAACCGGAUGCACAACCUAAUGGGCCACAUGCACCUACACUCCGACAGCAAGCCCUUCAGGUGCCUCUACUGCCCCAGCAAAUUCACCCUGAAGGGGAACCUGACUCGCCACAUGAAAGUCAAGCAUGGGGUCAUGGAGCGGGGCCUCCAUUCUCAAGGGUUUGGAAGAGGUAGAACUGCCCUGGUGCAGACGGCCGGGGCCCUGCGGAGUCUGGAACAGGAGGAGCCCUUUGACCUUUCCCAGAAGCGCGGGGCGAAGGCGCCGGCCUUCCAGUCGGACGGGGAGAGCGCCAGGGGCAGCUCCUGCCACGAAGAGGAGGACGAGGACAACUGCUACGAGAUGGAGCGGGACAGCCCGGGCCAGGGCCCCCAGGGCAGGCCACUGUGCGCACCCCAGGAUCUCUCCAGCCAGCCCAAGAGGGCCCCCAGGGUCCCGGGGGCAGCCUGUGGCGAAGAGGAGGACCUGCCGAAAGGGGGCCGCCAGGAACAGAGCAAGGACAGCCGUGGGCCAGAGGGCGGCCUGCAGAGAGAGUUUGCCUGCAGAGACCAGUGUCUUGGCCUCAGGGCUCUGCAGAGCACCCGGCGGCCCACCCCCUGCUCUGAGGACUUGUACUUCAAGCACAGAGAUGAGAGUUUGAAAGAAUUACUGGAGAGGAAAAUGGAAAAACAAGCAGUGCUUUUAGGUAUCUAAGUGGAUGGUUUUAAAAUUGCAUUUGGAAAAUGAGAGCUAGGCAGUUGAAAUACAGCUUUCUGCCUGAGCUGUCAUUUACUGCAGACUGACGAACAAAUGGCUCAGAUCUGUACAAAUGGCUCAGACUUAAUGAGCAGGGACUGUCUUCAGAAAUGUAAAUACUUCUCAGGUUAUUUCUUGGGCCCUUGGUUUUUAACACAUGUGCAGUGUCUCCUUCAGUGUUAUUUUAUGUACCUCCAGAAUAAUCUGUACAUAUUCUUCGAGACAGCUAAUUGUAAGCUGAUGCUGAGGUGCUUUUAGAAAUUCUAUUCCCCUUUGACUAAUAUGUAAUACAUGGUAAAUCUUUUUCUAGUUGCAAAAGUAUGGUGCUUGACAUGUUACCUUAGUAACAACUAUUUAGUGGAAUGUGUGAAAGUAUAGUAUUUUUCCAGAUAAAUGAAAAUAUGAGUUGUAUAUAUAAAAAUCACCUUUAUUAAGUAAUCAGAAACACCAGAAUUAACAAAGGAGGGUGAGUUAUUUGAAGCGGAUGUUCUCGAGCAGUUGCUGCAGAUAUAAGAUAAAAUUUCAAGAGAAUAUGGAUAAUUUUGAAAACACAGCAAUACUUAGAUUCCUGUUCUGCUUCAGUGACCUUCACGAGAGGCAGCCCUUGGAGCGUGUUUCCAGGUGGCCGGCCGGUGCUCAGUGUCUUCAGGCUAAGCUCUUGUGUCCUGAGCAGGCUCCCUUCUGGAGACCUUGCUCUGGGGCCUCAUGCAGGAAGAGUUGUCACCCUGUGAGCAGUGGGUUCUCUUCGGUGCUGGAGCUGGGAGAGUGGGGAGAGUUCUCCCUGAAAUCAAAGCUUGGACUUAAUUGGAGUCUUAGAAUAGCCACCAGCUAAUCACUAGUGAGGGAGAUUCUGGGCUGUUCUCAGUGCUGCCUACACAUUAGAAUCAUCUGGGGGAACAUUUUUAAAAAUACCAGUGUUGGGUCCUCACUCCCUGAGACUCUGACUUAACUGGUCUAGAGUAGGGUACAAGCACUGGUGUUUUCCAGCUGCCCCAGAUGGUCCGUAUGUGUGGCCAGGGCUGAGAAAAGCUGGCAAAGCUAAAAGAGUGGGUGCCAGGACUCCCCAGGGGUUUCAGACUGAUUAGGAUGGAGAACAGAAGACCCCAAAAUCAUACUGCUGAUGUAGGCUUUCUUAACCUGCUCUAUAAGAGCCUCAUGAGGGGACACACACACACAUAUAUAUACACACACACACACACACUCUGUAUAAACACACACUUUUUGUACUAGAAGACAAUGCCUGUGAUGUUUAUGGUCACCUAAUAUGUUUAAAAACACAUGGCUAGACUACAGUGACUCUGAUGUCUUCCUAGAUGCUUGAAUCAUGAUUCUGAUGAGUGACACUGACUAGAAUGAGGGCUGAGCCCAGCAGGUAGGCUUUGCUUAGUGUGGGCGCCACGUCAGACAGCAGGGACAGAAUGUGGCACACGUGUGGCUGACUGUAAGCAGUGACCCUCUGGUACUGUGUCUGUGUUUAUGUAAACACUGCCUCUUGUUUGGUAGUUUCUACUCUUAUUUGUAGAGCUAGGUACUGUUUAUUAUUUUGCUUCUUCUCCUGAAGUUCACAGUGCACUUGUUUAGAAGAGCUGGCCAACCCUGACUGCUGGAUGCUGACUUUUUCUCUUGGCUGCAGUGCUCCCCCAGGAGCCUCAUCUCGUUCUCAUUCACCCGCGUGCUUUGUUGAUCCCUGCAGCGUUUCUCCUGCCACCCUGCCUAACGUGAUUUCCUUGAACCUCACCACCACCACAAAGUGCCAAGGCUGCUUGGGUUUCCUGCUGUCCCCCGUGUCCUGAAGUCAGAGCACCUGCAAAAGGGAUGGCGAAGGGACGAGUGCAUGUCUGUGGUCAUCAGCAUAGCUGUGGGCCAAGAACGGCUGCUUGGGUUUCCUGCUGUCCCCCGUGUCCUGAAGUCAGAGCACCUGCAAAAGGGAUGGCGAAGGGACGAGCGCGUGUCUGUGGUCAUCAGCAUAGCUGUGGGCCAAGAACCUGUCCCAGGUCCUCAAAGGGGCAGCUUGCCUUCCGUUCAUUAAUAAGAUGACUCAGCAGUGCCUCUGAUGAAAUCACCCUGUAGGCUAGCAGAGCAGUCUGUUAGCCUCCAGCUCUGAGGGUCCCGCUGCACAUUCAUUCUUUCUGCGGCCAUGUGUUGAGGACCUACUGAAGGGCUGCAGGUUUCCAGUUUGCUCUGGGGAUGCCUAGCUGGAGUAGGAGCUAGGAAAUCUAGAAGAGCAAGCUCUAGUCUUUCCAACCCCAGUGAAUAGUGUAGGAAUGUUUGAGGAACAAGUUAAUGUUGAGAUGGAGAGAGUAUGGUCUAGAAUGGUGGUUUCCAAGUCUUGUACUGAGUAGCAAGAAGUCCCCCACAGGCCCCUUCAGAGCUGCUAAGGGAGAAGAGAAACUCAGCCCUCUGGCCCACUUUACUCAUAGCAGCACAGUUUUCUCUGUUUUAUAUGUUAGCCUUCCAAGUAAAAUUUCAUGUGGAGGGAGGAAAAAAGGUCUAGGAAAAGUAACAAAAAACUGUUAUGGGAUGUAUUCUAAAACCUGUUUUUAGUUCUUGACUGGGUAAGAGAAACUUAAUUAGAUCUAACCUGAUGGUUAAUAUCCACUGACCUUCUAAGACCCACGGCUAAAAUCUUGGUUAUGUAUAUUGUUGCAUGACCGACAUCCUGGUUUGCCCCGCACAACCCUGGUUAUGCCUGUUUUCGCAGGGUAAUUACUAAUAGCGCCACCUUACCUCUCAAAAGCAUCCCAGUUUGGGAGAUACACUAUAGGGACACCCUGUGCAUCAGUGCAGAGCUAAGAGAAGGGUUGGCCAACCUUACUGAGUGAGCUGACUAACCAGAAUGCAAGCCUGGAGGAGAGCCCAUGGGGCUGUCCUCAGAAUUAAGGAAGGAGACCAUCCAAGGUCACCAGUGCGCCAGAAGCCAGGGCAGCAUGACACUCAUCUCACUGUGGCACUCGCAAAAUAGGUCACCACCAAAUGCUUUCCAGGCUUUUGACCGCUGGCACUUCGAAACAGCCAACCGACCAGCCAAGUGGCAUAGUUUUCUUCUAUCCCUUUUAUUCAGACCUAUGAUUACUACUCUGGCUGCCUUCCCAUUCUCCUUUCAUCCUCUCUUUUUAACAAUUCAACUCCCCACUGGCCAUUAGACUGAGGCUGACCUUCCCUAGCCCCGCAAGGGUAACUGGCAUAUUUGUAUAUGAGUAGUUGCAUGAGAAAGCCCAGUGUGCGUACUGUAUUUAUUAAGCCCUGAAGGCAUUUAAUAAAAUAUUAACAUCAUGUUUUGAGUCAUGAUCUUUGCUUUGCUGGAACAAAAUGUAACAGAGCUAACAUUUAAAAUCCUUCACAUAUUUGGACAACAUUAUACCAAAUGUUGGUUUUGUACAGAAUUCUGGUGUGCUAUUUAAAAACUAAAACUCCACAUGUGUAGCAACCCAAGUUGUGAAGACAGCUUUUUGGCUUUAGUGAAAAAGCAGUUUACCUGAAAAUAGUACGUAACCUAUAUUUUGUUAAUUUAAGCAAAUAAAGACAUGAUGAAAAA